GUGACGUCAUCUUUGCGCGCGCGUUGUAUGAUUGGUGUGAAAUGUGUUGCAUUUAUUAGGAGUUUUGACGUUAUUGUCUACCGGCGAAAUGUGUAAAUAAUGUUUUAAAAUGACGGACAAUAACUGUUACUCGUUUCAGACGGACCCACCAGAGCCGCAGGACUCUCAGAGUCGGUUGGAUGAGUGUGAAACUGCUUCUGUUGAGCUCAGUCAAAAACAACGACGAGCUAUUCUUAAACGAGAAAGAAGGAAAAGGAAACGUCAAGCUAUUGCUAAAUUAAGAGAAGCAGCUCUAGAUCAUUCACAAAAUGAGGAGCACCAAACUGAAGAUGAGGAAGAACAGAUGGGUGGUGAGCAGAGUGAGCGAUUACACCAGGAAUGGCUGGAGAGAGAAAAGAUUGCACAGGACGAAUUCAGGCUGAAGAGGGAGAGAGAAGAGGCGGCAGAAAAGAGAAAGGAAGAAGAAGAGAGGAGGAUCAGAGAGGAAUGGGAGGAGCAGCAAAGGAAAGAAAAAGAGGAGCGGGAGCAGAAGGAGCAAAAGAAGAGAGAGAGAGAGGAAGCUGUGCAGAAAAUGCUGGAUCAAGCAGAGAGUCAGCUGGAAAACGGUGGUCCUUGGAAAAACCCUGAUGCCCCAAAGGAUUAUGGAACAGAAAAGGACAAGGCAAACUGCCCCUUCUUCCUUAAAACAGGCGCUUGUAGGUUUAGAGACCGGUGCUCCCGAAAGCAUGACCACCCAACAUCCAGCACCACUCUGAUGGUGAGGGGGAUGUUUGUGACGUUCGGGAUGGAGCAGAGCAGACGUGAUGACUAUGACACUGAUGCCAGUCUUGAGUACAGCGAGGAGGAAAUGCACCAGCAGUUCCUGGAUUUCUAUGAAGAUGCUGUGCCAGAGUUCAAGAACGCAGGGAGGGUGGUGCAGUUCAAGGUGAGCUGCAACUUUGAACCUCACUUGAGAGGAAAUGUUUACGUUCAGUACGACACAGAGGAGAAAUGUAGAGAAGCUUUCAUGAUGUUUAAUGGCCGCUGGUAUGCUGGAAGACAACUGCAAUGUGAAUUCUCCCCAGUAACUAGAUGGAAGACAGCCAUAUGUGGACUUUUUGACAGGCGGAAAUGUCCAAAAGGAAAACACUGCAACUUCCUCCAUGUGUUCAGAAACCCAGAUAAUGAAUUCUGGGAGGCAGACCGUGAUCUUCAUAUGUCCCCUGAUCGCAGUGGAGGCUUUUCUAGUCGCCAUUUGGGCAGCAGAGAUGGAGUGCGGUCCCAACGUGGAAAUAGUCCUGAGCGCAUAUCCCAGCGCAGGAGGACAGAUCGAAGGAGCCACAGCCGCGAGCGGUACAGUUACAGGGGAAGAUGGAGCCGGGAGAUGCGGAGUCAUAGCCAGGAGAGGCGGGGUUGUAGCCGAGAGAGGGGGAGUCAUAGCAAGGAAAGGCGGGGCCACAGCAGAGAGAGGCGGAGUCGCAGCAGAGGGAGACACAGUCGAAAUGGGGAAAAGCGUAGCAGAAGCAGAGAGAAAGGGAAGUCAGAGCAAUCAAUGACAAGGAGAUCAAUGUCUCGGAGAGAGCAAUCCAGAAGGAGCAGGAGCCGAUCCCAUAGCAGAGACCGGUUAAAGCAAUGUGAAUGUACAUCAGCAGACUCGAGAAGACAGACGUCAAAAUCAAACAGUCCAGAACGUGUGUCCAAAAACAGGUCUGUGAAACGGGAGAGUCACAGGAUGGAAAGCCAAAGCCCAGAAAACUCUGACCGAAUGGAUGCACAUCACCACAAGCACUCUAAAAAGAGCACGAAGAAGAAAAAGGGCAAAAAGAAACACAAAAGAAAGAAGAGUAAAUCACACAGCUCAAGCUCGGAGUCAGACAAAGACUCCCGGAAUGAGGAGUGUGAUGAGAUGCCGGCUAAAUCAGAAGAACGUACAGCUGUGGCAUCCAGCACAGGUUCAGCAGUAGAUGGAGUAGAGACCACAAAUUUGGAGGGCUGUCAUCCAAAAGAGGAAAUCCAUUGUGCGCUUACAGAUGCUACCAAAUCCGAUGGCAUCACACAGUCUGGAUAGAUUAUAUUAGAAUACAUAAACUGUGCUUCUGUUGUCUUAAAGCAGCUGUUGUUAUUUUAGUUUGCAUAACAAAAUGCCUAGUUUUCCUGAUUUUGUCUGAUGAAAACGUUUCCUGUAUAUUUGUAAUGAAAUCUAAUCUUUUCUGAAAGUGUUGGUGAUAGAAAUUAUAUUUUGUUCAUUUUCAGUGAGAGGUUACAAGACAUCACGUGGGUAAGCAUAUCUUAGGGAUCAUUUUAUUUAAAGUUGUGACAACGGACGUAAGCAGCAGAUAUUUAAUUCCAUAUUGUGAUGUUCAUCAGAGUGAAACAGAUUAUCGA